AUGCAGUUGUUCGACAUAUUCACGGUUUGGCUCGGAGCUUUCUCAAUAUGCUUCACGUUUCUACCAUUAAUGAUGGUAUUGGAUUGGCGAAAACGUGGAACAGCUGAUGGGUUCAGUUCGGUCAACUUUGUGCUUCCGAUGCUCAUACAAUCCUGCUGGUUGCGACAUGGAUUUAUGACCAAUGAUAAUACGAACAUUAUCAUCAACUCCUUAAACCUGGUGUUUUUCGUUUUCUACAUUUCGGCGUUCGCCUAUUAUCAACCAAAACGGAAGUAUUUGGUUUUUCAACUCAUUGCGGCGGCACUCACCGUAAAACUCAUCUAUUCCUACGUUGAUUCGUUCGAGGAUGAUAAAAAAGCCGAUGCAAUGGGAAGCAUGGCUGCUGGAGCUCAAAUUUUUGGACUUGCUGGUGGAAUCUACGAGAUUAAAAGAGCCAUUAGUAUGGGAACAACUGAGUACAUCCCUGCUCAAUUCCAAUUCGCCCUGUUCACGCUAAUUGUUCAAUGGCUCAUCUUCGGAAUUGUGAGCGGAAAUCAAUUCAUUGCGAUUGCCAAUGCUGCUGGACUUCUUGUGAACAUUGCCACGAUUGCCUUGUACUUCAUCUAUCCUCCGCUAACAUGGACUGUUCCAAUUUUCAAAAUCAAGCCGAAGAGCAAGAAAGAAUAA